AGCUGAGCUAUGCUGUUCAGGUUGUUAAAAUUGAGGAAUUUGGAAGCAUUUACUGUUUCAGCAAGGUUCUGCCAUCAGUUGCAGAGAAAAAAAGGUAUUUCCUCUGAACUAAAUACAUUGAAGAAGGCUGCGUGUGCAAAAGGAAAAGAACCACUCUUAGCAUCAAGAAGAUUUUCAUGCACAACCAAUAUGGCAGAGAAGGUCACGAUGGUGUUGGACUGUGACAUUGGCGUUGACGAUGCUACAGCCUUAAUGAUGGCGUUAGGACAACCCAAUGUCGAUAUGUUGGGAAUCACGUGUGUUAAAGGAAAUAUUGAUGUGAACCAAGUGGCCAUCAACGCUCUUCGAGUUUUGCAAAAGUGUAACAGAUUAGAUAUCCCAGUGUAUGUGGGUGCAACAACUUCUAUCCUUAGACAUGAAAUUGAUGCCAGGGCAGUGCAUGGAGAUGAUGGUCUUGGAAAUAUUCCCAACCCUGAGGCCCCUCCCCCGAGCGAUAUGCUCCAAUCAGAACAUGCUGUCCAGGCCUUAAUCCGUUUGGCCAAUGAGCAGCCCCAUAAGAUCACUCUGGUGGCUAUCGGCCCAUUGACAAAUGUAGCAUUGGCUAUGAGACUGGAUCCAAUGUUUACAAGUAAAUUGAAAGAAAUGGUCAUCAUGGGUGGCAACAUCAAAGGAAGGGGAACAGGAUUCUGGACGGCAGAGUUCAACUUUGGAAGUGACCCUGAAGCAGCUCAUAUUGUCUUGGAAGAAGCCCAGUGUCCAACCAUCCUAGUUCCUCUAGAGACCUGCAUGGACCAUUCCCUAUCGUUGGAAUGGUUUGACAAGCUGGCCUUACAGGAUUCAUCCAGAGCACAGUUCAUGCAUGCUGUCAACAAACGAUCAAUCACCCGCUGCAGAGACGUUCAGAAAUUAGCAAAGUACAUGUGUGCUGAUGCAUGCGCCAUGACGGUUGCUAUCAGAAGAGAUUCGAUGGAGGAGUCUACGCAUUCCGUCUGUAAGGUUGAGCUGCAGGGAAAGCUGACCAGAGGCCAGGUGGUCACACAUAAGCUCAACACUCCUUGGAUACCUGACUUGAAGGGGGUGGACAUAGAAGUGGUGACCAAGUUUGACAUGAAUACCUUCUGCAGGAUAAUGAAUGAUGCAAUUGCCUAAUUUAGCAUUAGACUUCAAUGUUGUGAGGGUGGUCAACAAACAUAAAUUCAAACAUGUAAAGUUGAAACUUGGAAGGAGUAUGAACUGAUGUGUGGGAAGAAGGAAGCACAAAGUUUCUCAAUGCCAGUGUCAGUGUUCACUAUAGCCAAUUAAGGGCCCUAGGGUUGUUAUAGAAUCUGUAGUUUCAUACUUUAAGCAUGGGGCUGGUGUCCAAACAUGUUAUUAAAAAAUCAAAUCUGUAGCUGUAACAUAUGGAAGUUUAGUACUUAAAAAAUUUAUGAAAACAGAAAUGAGGAAUUUGAUUAGGGUGAAGGAAAACAAGAAUUCAAUUAAGUGUGGUGCAAUUGUUGCAGGAGCAUAUACAGAAGUGAUGAAUUGAUUUCUAUGGAAUUUGAAGUUGAUUGUAAAAGUUUUACAUUAAGACACUCAGGGAGACAAGAGGUAGUCUUUACAGACAUAUGGUCUGUAAAUACAGGUUCCUAAAAAAAAAAAAAA